UAUAAUGCUCUCUCCUACUCAUCCUUUCCGGACUGCUCGGAUAUAAAUAGCCUAUGAUUUGGCUAAGGUGGUCCGAACUCCGAACACAAACACAUUUGCCCUAUCUAUCCAUUACUCCAUGUCAGAAGCAAUGGCAGUCACCAUGCCACCAAUGAGAGCGCCAGCUCUAGUUGCAAUGCUGGUUGUUGUACUCGUCGCGUUGGUGCGGCGGCGGCGUCACCGGAGCAAGGGCGCCGGCGGCCGGCUGGAGUCGUUGCCACCGGGGCCCGUGGGUUUGCCGGUGAUCGGCAACAUGCACCAGAUGCUCGUGAACAAGCCGGUGUUCCGGUGGGUGCACCGGCUGCUCGCGGACGCCGGCGGGGAGAUCGUGUGCGUGCGCCUGGGGCCCGUGCACGUGGUCGCCGUCACGUCCCCGGAGAUGGCACGGGAGGUGCUCCGCAAGAACGACGCCGUGUUCGCCGACCGGCCGACGACGUUCGCCGCCGAGUCGUUCAGCGUCGGCUACCGCAGCGCCAGCAUCUCGCCGCACGGCGACCAGUGGAGGAAGAUGCGGCGGGUGCUCACCGCCGAGAUCCUCUCGCCGGCCACCGAACACCGCCUCCGCGGCGCGCGGGGGGAGGAGGCCGACCACCUCGUCCGGUACGUCCUCGUGCGGUGCGGCCGCGACGGCGCCGCCGUCGACGUGCGCCACGUCGCCAGGCACUUCUGCGGCAACGUCAUCCGCCGGCUCACCCUAGGGCGCCGCCAUUUCCGCGAGCCGCGGGCGGACGACGAGGACGCCGCGGCGCCCGGGCGCGACGAGGCGGAGCACGUGGACGCGCUCUUCGCGACGCUCAACUACCUCGACGCGUUCUGCGUCUCCGACUACUUCCCGGCGCUGGUCGGCCUCGACCUGGACGGCCAAGAGAAGGUCAUCAAGAAGGUGAUGAGGACGCUGAACAGGCUGCACGACCCCGUGGUGGAGGAGAGGGUGGAGGAGUGGCGGCUGCUGCGGAAGGCCGGCGAGCGGCGCGACGUCGCCGACUUCCUCGACGUGCUCGCCUCGCUCGACGACGCGGCGGGGCGGCCGCUGCUCACCGUGGAGGAGAUCAAGGCGCAGACCAUAUUGCAGAUAGAGAACUGUGUCGUGUGCAUGCAUUUGAUCUUCACCACCUUUACCAUUUAUUUGGGCACAUGGCCAUCUGUUAUAUCCACGGACAUCAUGAUCGCCACCGUGGACAACCCAUCGAACGCAGUGGAGUGGGCGCUGGCGGAGAUGAUGAACAAGCCGGAGGUGAUGCGGAAGGCCAUGGACGAGCUGGACACGGUGGUCGGCCGCGACCGGCUGGUGCAGGAGAGCGACGUCCGCGACCUCAACUACCUCAAGGCGUGCAUCCGCGAGGCCUUCCGCCUGCACCCCUACCACCCCUUCAACCCGCCGCGCGUCGCCAUGGCCGACACCACCAUCGCCGGCUACACCAUCCCCAAGGGCAGCCAGGUCAUCCUCAGCCGCGUCGGGCUCGGCCGGAACCCCAGGGUGUGGGACGACCCGCUCGAGUUCCGGCCGGAGCGUCACCUGUCGCCGUACCCUGCAGGCGGCCGUGGCGACGCCGGCGUGGUGGCGCUCACGGAGGCGGAGCUGCGGUUCGUGUCGUUCAGCACCGGGAGGCGGGGGUGCCCCGGGGUGUCGCUGGGUACCCUGAUCACCGUGACGCUGUUCGCGAGGCUCCUGCAGGGGUUCGAGUGGAGCAAGCCGGCCGGCGUGGAGAGGGUUGAGCUGCGGGAGGAGGCGGCGAGCCUGGUGUUGGCUCAGCCGCUGGUUUUGCAGGCGACGCCGCGGUUGGCUGCUCACCUCUACGGCGCCGGCAAGUAGUUUUGCGCGCGAUUAGGUGUGAAAUAAGUGAUGGUGGCAGCUAGCGAGCGGAGCAGUACGUUAGCAGCUGUGUAGUGUAUGUACCGGCCAGCAUGCAGCAAUAAACUGUUCAUCGAUCGUACAGUUAUAGUAAUAAUACAGAUGGUACGAGUUGUUAACGCGCGUACGCGUUUAUUCAAGUCAUGGAUGCAAUAUUCAA